AUGGCGCCGGCGCCGUGGGCCUCUGGCGGGCACAGCAGGGCCGCUACCGCCACGCCAUGGACUUGCCUCUUCUGCUCGGGCAGGGAUGGGCAGGCCUGCAUGAAGAAGGCGUCCCGCACGGGGUGCAGCAUGUGCGGCCUCGCCGAGGGCAGUUGUUUCCUCGGGAAGGUGGAGUCCAAGGAGCCGUCGCGCCGGGUGCUCCCAGCGCCCACGCAACGCGAGAAGGACCUCAGGGCCCGAGAGGCCGCACUUCGCAUGCGCGAGGCCGCCCUCGAGACGACCGAGAAGGAGGCCCAGGCUGUCCAGAAAGGGCCAGCGGCAGGAGGGGGUGACAGCCCUGGCGCCGCCGACACGGCCAAGGCCGACAGGCUCCGCGCCGAUCUGGAGGCCCUGGGCGGCAUGGAGGGCACCGGGGUCGAGCAACCCCGCGCGGAGAAGCGUGAACAGCUCCGCACCCUGCAGGCCGCGCGGCUGGCGGCCAAGCCAGUGCACAUCCAGCUCAAGGAGCUCGACGAGAAGCUGCAGCGCAAACUCCAUGUUGUGGAGCGCCUGGAGCUUACCGACAUCCCCGCGGCCUCGCAGAAGGUUGCUUCGCUGCAGGCCGAGCACGCCAAGGCGGCCGCGGAGGCAGCGGAGCUGCAGAAGCAGCAGGACACCGUGGUGCUAGCCGCGGUGCCUUCGGCGAUGCCCAAGGAGGGCGCUUCCCAGACUUGCCGGGCCCGUGCGGCGCUCGAGCUGUCCGAGAAUCUCGGGGAGUUGCUGGUCGGCGACAGCGCUGGGCCCUACAAGGUGGCGGUGGACGCGCUGGUGGCCGCGGCCAAGGUUCCCGACCUCGACAUGCUCGACUGGGAAGACCAAGCUGCGCUCGACAAGUUCUUCGGCGAGUUGGACUCUGGCGUUGCUGCUGCUGACGAUGGCGACGGCACCCGCACAGCCAGGCGAGCUAAGGCCAAGGCGGCUGCGCAGCUGGCUGGGCAGCUCGUCGCCAAGACGAUCGGCAAGAAAAAAGGCACCAACGGCGACUGGCCUGAGGCCGAAUGUGGGGGCGACCCAACGCCAGGUGCAUUGGAAACCGCCGAGACCUACCCCAAGGAGAACUUGAGCAUCAUGGGCGCCAACGUCAAUGCUUGGAGCAGCCUGCCGGCGCUGCUGCAGUGGGUUGACGCCGAGAGUGCGGCAGGCAGGCUGGCGGAUGCCAGGUCGAGAGCUCCAAGUCCGCCCACAGAGUGCGGCCGGCGCCUGGGGGUGGCGCUGCCUGGCGGGAUCGCCCUGCUGUCGGUCUAUUGUGAGAUCAGCUUUGGGGCAAAAUGCAACACCGGCCUGCUCGGCGCCCUGGCGAAGCUCGCGCUGAGCCUUGACGUGAUGUGGGUUGUCCAGGGUGACUGGAACAUGACGCUAGAAGAGCUGGGGGAGUUUGGUUUCCUGCCCCUGGAGCGCGGGGCCUUGGUGGUGCCAGAAAGCGCCCUUUGCUCGAGUUGCAGCGACGAGGAGCGACGUCGGCAAGAUGGUAAUGACGCUGCAGGAAGUAUGAAGGGAGCUCGCACCAUCGACUAUUUCGUGGAAUCGAAGCUGGCUGACCUGCGGAGCCAGAAGAUGGCCCAGGUGCCUGUCCGCUUCAAGCCCUUCGAGGUUCACCCGCUGAUCGGCCCCGGCCCCAAGCUGGACGAACUGCCCUUGCAUUGGAGUUGGCCCGCGGGGACGCGCGAGGCGUGCCCGGUCGAGCAGAUGGCGCAGGAGUGGUUCACACUCGCGGAGCAGAAGUUGCCUCGGGACCAGGGCAUCGACUAG